UUCUCACAAUUUCCUACAUUUGCAUCGGAUCCUGAAUGCACCACCAUCGACAAACUGCUAACUUGCUAAGGUAAACACAUCGGGUAAACAUCACCAUUACACGGUCAACUGGAGUACAAAGCUCAACUUCAAUUCACAUAUUUGUAAUCUAGGAACAUGUCAUAAUGUAAACAACAGAACGCUUCCUUAAACCGAGUGAAACACCACCCAUGAACUUUCACCUUUGACUGUGUGUUAGCAGUAAUGGACGGAAGACAUAACCCACCUUGCAGCAGAGCAAAGAGUUUAACAAAAACAACAACAACAGAGACUGUGGACCGACUAAACCCCCGCACAGGUGUGAUGGCUGCUGGAGGGCCGAUGACUUGUGAUCCGUUGCUUUAGUGGCGCAGCGCUGCCCUCGCCGGCACCAUGCAGCAGAAAGGUGCGAUCCAGAUUAUUGAAUGGGAGGACCUGGACAAGAGGAAGUUCUACUCCCUGGGAGUGUUCAUGACCUUGACCACCAGGGCCACCGUCUACCCGUUCAGCCUCAUCCGCACCCGGCUUCAGGUGCAGAAGGGGAAGGCCCUCUACUCCGGCACAUUUGAUGCUUUCUGCAAGAUCCUUCGAGCAGAGGGCGUACGAGGCCUCUACCGGGGGUUCAUGGUGAACACCUUCACGCUGAUCUCAGGACAGGCUUACAUCACCACCUACGAGCUGGUGCGCAAGUAUGUGUCCCAGUACUCGCCCAGCAACACGGUGAAGUCGGUGGUGGCAGGGGGAGCAGCUUCUCUGGUGGCUCAGACCAUCACCGUGCCCAUAGACAUAGUGUCUCAGCACCUGAUGAUGCAGGGGCAAGGGGAGCACCUGACUCGCUUCAAAGCCAAACCCAAAAGGAUGCUCGCAGCAUCGAAGCGAAAACUUACUUUCGGGCAAUCCCGGGAAAUCACGGUGCAGAUAUUUGCAGCAGAUGGUUUCAGGGGAUUUUACCGGGGAUACGUGGCAUCGCUUCUCACUUACAUCCCAAACAGUGCUCUCUGGUGGCCUUUUUAUCAUUUUUAUACCGAGCAGCUGUCCUUGAUGGCCCCCACCGAGUGCCCCCAUCUGAUGCUGCAGGCUUUGGCCGGACCAAUGGCAGCAGCAACCGCCUCCACCAUCACCAACCCCAUGGAUGUUGUUCGUGCAAGAGUUCAGGUGGAGGGCCGAUCGUCCGUCAUCGAGACGUUCAAGCAGCUGCUGGCAGAGGAGGGCAUUUGGGCGAUAACCAAGGGACUGUCGGCCCGCAUCAUCUCCUCCAUGCCCACGUCGGUGCUCAUCGUGGUGGGGUACGAGACUCUGAAGAGACUGAGCCUGCGAGCCGAGCUUGUGGAUUCCAGACACUGGUGAGAGACCGGAGGGAACCAGCACCGCACCCAAACAGUCGGAAAAGAACGACCAAUAUCUGUGUCCAGCCUCGGGAUUAAUGCUCUCUGCUUUUCACACCUUUUUAGAUUUGUGUUGUUUUAAUGUAGGUACAAUGCAGCGGAGUACAAGUGGUGAUCAUCUGGUACACUUGGGAGUUUUUUCUGUUUGUCCGACCCAUUUCUACUGGCCUUACUGGGAAAUAUGAAGACAUAAGUGAAAAUAAGGUUCUGCAUUUGCUAAAAAUGUCCAAUCUAAAGAAAAACACACAAUACAUUUUUCCUAAAAUUGAAAUGUAGGAGGAAAUUGCUUCUAUAAGUAAAGCGUGUAUCUAAGUCUGUUUGAUUAAUGCCUCCUGUACCGUUUAACAAUAGGGAAUGACAGCUGCAGGGUUUUUCUUUUUACUGUUGCUUCACCGUGCGAGUUCGCUGUCCAGCUGUUCUUUCAAGUGAAGGGACUCUGCAGUGAAUCACACUUUGUUUCCCUGGCUUUUCAAUAUCACCAAAUCUAGAGACCAAAAAUUCCAUCUUUGUCCUCUUGAGUCUCUGAAAUGCAGAACAGCUUUACCGAGUUCAUUCCAGUGGAAAGAACAUUUGUGUACAGAGGUGUAAAACAUCUGCUAAUAGCAAGCAGUUAUAGCAAUGCUGUUAAAAUGUACAGAAGCACCUCGAGUGUCAAAUUUAAGCUAGUGUCCAAAGCAAUAUUUGAAAAAUGGGGAAGAUCUUAGUAAAACCUAACUAGAGUCUGUAUAGUUAGACCUAUUGUUGUAAUGUAUUCAGCUGUGUCUUGUGAUUUAUUCAAUAACGAUUUAUUCAAGUCUGAAGUUUUGCGGGUAUAAUGAUGAAUUCUACUUAUGGAUUAGUUGAUCAGACAGGCUUUUGUGCUUCUUGUUGUUCCUGUCUUUGUAAACGGACUGUACAAAACAAACGGAGCUGGACAGAAAAAGAUGCAACUAGAUGCAAUGUAUCAGCUAAACUGUAGAGUUGGUGUUCCAGGCCUUAGAUAACCCCAACAUGUGGGAACCCUUCCUCAUAGGACACUUGUUUCUACGUUAUGUAGACUGUUCAGAUGACUGGGGAUUACAAAUCUGCCACUAUUUGUUUAAAGCUAACACAGGGAGAGUAAAGCCAGCGGCAACACAACAGCAGACUCAGCUAAACAUCAAAGUGGCCUUCAGAUUUCACCGUCACAGGCCACAAGACUAUUACUGCCAGAAAACAUCAGUGAGCUGCGACACGGCUCCUUUCUUUUUUAAAUGUAAAUCAAACUGCACUCUUCUGUUUAAUGACUCUUCUGAUGUGAUUUCUGAAAAGCACCAUUAAUGGACCUUUGCCUGUAUGGAGGAAGUGCUACACAUGUACUCCCCAACCACCCGCUGUGUGUAAAAUCAAGCAAUUGUUAGAAAUGGGGUUUAAACUCGUGGAAAAGUAAUAAAGCAUUCUGAAUCACUGCA